GCAUCGUGGAAACAAACGGAGAGGCGGCUCGGAGCUCCAAUAUUCCGAAGAUUAGUGUUAAUUAACAAUAAUUAAUAAUAAGAAUAAAUGCGCGCGCGAUAGAGUUUCAUAAACGUUUCGAGGUAUAGUACAACAGAUCCGGAAUCGAACAUGGUGCGAAGCAGCGACAAGGACAGGCAUCACCGGCGGAGAUCGCGAUCGAGAUCAAGAUCGAGGUCGGGCGAACCCGAGAAGAAACGACGGCGGUCCAGAAGCAGGGAGCGUGAGAGGGAGAGAGACAAGGGACGACAUCGCGAGCGAAGGAGUCGUUCGCGAGAUAGAGACAGAGAGAGGAGCGACAGAAGGGAGCGUUCCGAGAGGGACAGGGAUCGCGAGAGAAAACGUGGAGACAGUAAAGAAAAGCGUCUUACAGGCUCGAAAUCUUCACGCUCUGGCAAAGAACGAUCCAACAGGUCUCGUUCACGCGAUAGAAAGGAUAAAGAAAAGGGGGACAAUGAAGAAUUGCCUUUCGAUCACACAAAGUUAGACAAGGAGGAGGAGCAAAAGAGACUGGAAUUGGAAAUGCAAAAGAGAAGGGAGAGGAUAGAAAGAUGGCGCGCAGAAAGGAAGAAGAAAGAGGAAGCAACCGAAAAAGACGGUAAGAGAUCUAUUUUGGCAAAUCUUCAGCUACCCAUGAAAAAGUGGUCCCUUGAGGAUGAUAGUGACGAAGAGACUCCUGUGGUACAGAAUAACAAAGAGGCAAAAGAAGAAGGUGUAAAGGAAGAAAUUGAGGAAGUAAAGGAAGAGGUGAAAGAUGAAGAGGAGGAGAUUGAUUCACUCGAUGCUUUUAUGGCAGUGGUUCAAGAAGAAGUGAGAAAAGUGAAUAAAUUUGACAGUAAAGCUCCGAAAAGUGCCAACAAUGACACUAAUUCUGCAUCACAAAGCGGUGGCGUGGUCAUUGUGACUGGAGUGGCUAAGAAAAAAGUACAGAAACAGAAGGGAGAAUUGAUUGAGCAAAAUCAAGAUGGAUUGGAAUAUUCCAGCGAAGAGGAGGGCGAGAAUCUUCACGAGACCGCGGCCGGUAUAGCAAACAAACAGAAGCGAGAAUUAGCUAAAGUUGAUCAUGCUACGACAGAUUAUCAACCAUUUCGAAAGUCCUUUUAUGUCGAAGUACCUGAGAUUGCAAGAAUGACACCAGAAGAAGUAGAAGCGUAUAAGGAAGAAUUAGAGGGCAUUCGCGUGAAAGGUAAAGGUUGCCCAAAGCCUAUCAAGUCCUGGGCGCAAUGUGGCGUAACCAAGAAGGAAUUGGAAGUAUUGAAGAAACUCGGUUAUGAGAAACCGACCCCCAUUCAAUGCCAAGCGAUUCCGGCAAUCAUGUCUGGUCGCGAUCUCAUAGGUAUAGCGAAAACUGGUAGCGGAAAAACACUAGCUUUUCUUUUACCAAUGUUUCGUCACAUACUCGAUCAACCACCGUUGGCCGAUGGUGACGGACCGAUCGCAUUAAUCAUGACACCAACUAGGGAAUUGUGUAUGCAAAUCGGCAGGGAUUCGAAGAAAUUUACAAAAUCCCUGGGUCUUUCACACGUGUGUGUUUACGGCGGAACCGGUAUUUCCGAGCAAAUAGCAGAGCUUAAGAGAGGGGCUGAAAUCAUUGUAUGCACACCGGGAAGGAUGAUCGACAUGCUUGCUGCUAAUAGUGGACGAGUUACCAAUUUACGUCGAGUAACAUAUGUAGUGCUUGAUGAAGCCGACAGGAUGUUUGAUAUGGGUUUUGAACCGCAGGUGAUGCGUAUUAUGGAGAAUGUGAGGCCAGAUAGACAGACGGUGCUAUUUAGCGCAACGUUUCCGCGACAAAUGGAGGCGUUAGCCAGGAGAAUACUCACGAGACCGGUCGAAGUACAGGUCGGUGGACGUUCUGUCGUCUGCAAGGAUGUCGAGCAGCAUGUGGUUGUCCUCGAGGAAGACCAAAAGUUCUACAAGUUACUUGAAAUCCUCGGACAUUAUCAAGACAAAGGCUCCACCAUUAUAUUCGUAGACAAGCAAGAGAACGCAGAUACGUUACUCAAAGAUCUUAUGAAGGCUUCGUAUUCCUGCAUGUCUCUUCACGGCGGUAUAGACCAAUGCGAUCGAGAUUCAACCAUAUUGGACUUCAAAGCGGGACGAACAAAAUUGCUCGUGGCUACGUCCGUCGCUGCUAGAGGCUUGGAUGUCAAGCAUUUGGUGUUAGUCAUUAAUUACGAUUGUCCGAAUCACUAUGAAGAUUACGUGCACAGAUGUGGUCGAACUGGUCGGGCCGGAAAUAAAGGAUACGCGUACACCUUUAUUACGUCAGAGCAAGAACGUUACGCCGGCGAUAUUUUGCGUGCGUACGAGUUAGCGGGUGUACCCGUUCCAGAACCUUUGCGCCAAUUGUGGGAAGGUUACAAAGCCCGUCAAGCCGCGGAUGGAAAGAAGGUUCAUACUGGAGGUGGUUUCAGUGGCAAAGGAUUUAAGUUUGACGAAUCAGAGGCUGCUUUGGCGAACGAGAAGAAGAAAUUCCAGAAAGCAGCCUUGGGACUGCAAGAUUCUGACGAUGAGGACAUAGAAAACGAUAUUGAUCAACAGAUCGAGAGUAUGCUAGCGCCUAAGCGAACCGUUCGUGAAAUAGCUAAGCCAAGCGCGACCAGUAUUACAGUGCCCGGUCAACCGAUACCUAGUGCCACUGAUAAGCUUGAAUUGGCCAGAAGAUUGGCAUCGAAGAUAAACAUUGCGAAGAAUCUGGGCGCCGAGGCAAAAGGCGCUACUCAACAAGCAGCAGAAGCUAUACUCAAGGGUGCAGGACCUACAAAUCUUAUUACGGCAAAGACGGUUGCGGAACAAUUGGCGGCGAAGCUGAACACUAAAUUGAAUUAUCAGCCGCGCGAGGAAGAUCUCGUGGAAAGCGACGUGGAAACGGGCGAGCAAACAUUCCGCAAAUACGAAGAGGAGCUCGAGAUCAACGACUUCCCGCAACAAGCGAGAUGGCGAGUUACGAGUAAGGAGGCUCUUGCUCAGAUCUCAGAAUAUUCUGAGGCGGGUCUGACAGUGAGAGGAACUUACAUCGCGCCUGGGAAGACGCCACCGGAAGGCGAAAGGAAAUUAUACCUGGCAAUAGAAUCGACGAGCGAGUUAGCAGUGAGCAAGGCCAAAGCGGAAGUGUCUCGACUCAUCAAGGAAGAGCUCAUCAAACUGCAAGCGUCUGGCGCUCACACCGCGUCGCGAGGUCGAUACAAAGUUUUAUAAAGUUUUGGGAUCAUUUUAAUGAUAUGCCGUAAGGAUAUCAUACAUACGCGAAUGUAUAUGAUAAAAGUUUAGAAAUUUAUUAUACAUGCAAAUAUAAUGUGCUUGUUUUUAACAAACAGUACAAUAACAAAAUAUACUUAACGACUGUGAGAGCAUUAUUUAUAUCAUUGGCACAAACCACUGCGGGCAAUCCAAGUUUUCGCACGUUUAUAAAUAAAAUGCGAGCACCCACA